AUGUGUCUCAUUACCCUAACCCAAAGACGAAUCUCUCUUUGCUCAUUUUCAGCAUCUAAACAACUACGAACAUUUUUCGCGUCAACAUUAUCACGCAAUGAGCCCAGAAACACAGCAGCAACAACACAAGAGGACAUUAUGAGUCUAAUUUCAAACUGGAAAUCAAAAGUACUGGACGAAACAACUUUGUCCACAGACACAAUAACCUCAACUCCAUUACAGCUACUCUCGUUAACACUCAACCGCACAAACAUUAUCGACGACACACCAGCAACCGCCAUAUCACCAGUCGAAACUGCCCUGCCUCCAAACUAUCACCUAGCAUACUUUCCCACACGUGCCUACGAAAAAGACUUGUCCCCCGAUGGAUACUUAACUACUCAUUCCCCGCCCCCGCCUUUUCUCCAACGUCUGUGGGCAGGUGGUGAGCUGUUAUUUGAUAAUUGGAACCCAUUGAGAGUAGGUCAACAUGUGAAUAUGGAAACGAAAUGUCGUAAUGUUGAGGUGAAACGCGGUGCUUUUGGUGGCGAGAAUGUUUUUGUGUGGGUUGAUAGAGAUAUCGGGAAUAAAUAUGGAUUUAGUGUACGGGAUACGAGGUGUUUGGUGUAUAUGAGAAGAUCGGUGUUGAAGGAGAAACAGCGAAAAAUUGUUAAAGUAAACUACAGACCGGAUUUUGAAAAAACAAUUCACCCUACAACUAUAUUGUUAUUUCGAUAUUCCGCGGUAACAUUUAAUAGUCACCUGAUACAUUACGAUCAUAAAUACGCCACAGAAAUGGAAGGGCACGAAGGUUGUCUAGUUCACGGGCCACUAACAUGCACACUACUCUUAGAUCUUUUACGUGAUAACAUUCCCGAACCAUCAGCACAAAUAAAAUCAUUUACUUAUCGAACCACAAGUCCCUUAGUUGUCGGGAAACCAUUCAAAAUAUCUGGAAAACGUAACCGUAAUGUAGUUUCAUCUAAUAGCCUCAAAGAAGGUGGAAGUGGCGUUUCUUAUGAGCUUUGGGCGGAAAAUAAUGAAGGUUGUGUGGCAAUGAAAGGAACAGCGUUGAUAGAAUUUUUGUAA